CUCAGCUGGGUUGAUAAAUGUCUCGUGCGGUAUCACAGAGUGAGGGAGACAAGUUAGUGAAGAAGAAUGCGUCCGAGGGUUGUAAAUCUACAAUGGAUGCCAUAUCGGUCUUCACCUUCUUCUGGUCGCAACUUAUGCUACUCCAAUGUGUCAAGCUUUUCUUUAUCUUCAAAAGCUCACGCACAGUGGAGAACGCGAUUCCCCUUGUCGCACUUGGCAGUGUUGACUUCCUAGCCUUGGUCAAACCUCACUGUCGUUACGUGACGAUGGGCUCUCUCUUGGUUGGCUUCAUCGUUAUAUUCCUCACUGGUCACUACAGUAACCACAUUUUCAUCGAUAUUGCCCUCGGAUUAUGCGUAUUCCUCACGUACAAGAGAGAUCGUUCAGAAUGGGUUAACAGGACGACCUGGGCCAUGCGAGCCACGGUUAUCGCUCUCUACGUCGUCACUGGAAUCGAUAAAAUGAACGACGGUUGGGCGAGCCACGAGUAUAGCUGUUGUAUACUCAUGUUCGCUGGUUUUGUCGGCCUCCCUGUGUUCAAGUUGUGGGUCCCAUCCUGGGCCCCUUGGGAUCUCAUGCCUCACGUCGCUGUAAUCAUCGAGAUGGCCCUGCCCAUCGCUCUUAUCCUCGGCGCCGCUAAGGGUAACUAUUUGUGGUUCCGAUUUGUGUGUUUCUGGGGUGCCCUCUUCCACUGUGUUCUUGCUGAACCCCUGUCUCCUAUGAGCGUAUAUCCCUUCACAAUGGCUAUGGCCCCCAUGUACACUUUCGUCCUACCAGAACAAGCGGCUCUUGUUGCUGACAAGAUUGUCAACUGGUUGAAUGUACAACCAGUGCUUCGUUGGGGCAGUUUUUUGGGGAUAUUCUUUUCUAUCGUGGGUGUUUGGCCUCAGUUCAUGGCUCCCGAGUUGAACGGCGCGAUGCCUUUCGAGUACCCUCCGUAUGGCCUAUGGGCGUUUGCAGCUGUAUGGAGUCUCUACUCGUGUGUGUAUUUCCUCUGUGUCACGAUCUGGCCUACGCUCCAGAGUGAUAUUCCAGUUGAGAGAGUGUACGCCAGAGGCAGUCUCCUUGGGAGCCUCCCGUGGAUCUUUAUCUGCUGCCUUGCUGCAUGUCCGUAUCUCGGCAUUCGCAACUACCCCGCGUUGGCGAUGUUCUCGAAUCUUCGCACUGAGGGCGGGCAGCCCAACUCGUUCGUGUUUGGUGAUGACUUUGAUUUCCUAGGCUAUCAAAGGGACUACGUGACGGUGCAUAGCAGCAACAUUGCCAGCAUUGAGUGGUUACAGGUGGAUCUUGGGCAGCUAUUUACCAACGAGACUAAGAGAUUUCUUCACGAGUACAAUAUUUCUAGUGAGUUCUGGAUCGCCCCACCUGCCAAGGGUUGGCCUUAUCCUCCUACAAGGGACUUCGUACCGUACUCUGUCCCAUUCGUCGAGCUACGUCGUCGUGUCGCUGAGAUCGAGGACUUCCCUAGGAGUGCUUAUAUUAACUAUACUCGUACAAAAGCUCCUCCCCAGCUGCGUCUCGGUAAGGUUUGGGAUCUCCUCGGAGUUUCUCAUCCCAUGGCUCACUUGGACCAUCCUGUCAGCCGGGAUUUUAUCUACAAUAUUUCUGUUCGUGGUACUGAAGACUUUAAGGACUUGGAAACGCCUCUAACCUCAAUGGUAGACGUGAAGCAUCGUAGACGCGCAUCGUACGCGCAUAAAUUGGAGUUCCAAGUGGGCAAGCAUAGAGGAGGGGAGAAUAUGAAAGUCCCGCACAAGGUCCCGAAGCACCCACUGUUGGACACAGAUCAGAACAUGAAUGAGAUCGUCACUUAUGCGGACUUGAAGUUGCGUACGGAACCCCCGAAAGAUCCUCCCCCUGGAAUCAAGCUGGACCUUGAUAACGCCUUUGUGGUAUUCCUAUCUGGCAAGUGGCUGCAGCAUAAGGCCACCAUUGGAGACAUAAUCCAAACUGAGCGGAUCAAAAGGAAGCAGGCCGGCGACCAGAUAGUGUUUGGCUCUGUCUUAUUGGUUGGUACCAAAGACUGGACCCUUAUGGGCAAGCCAGUGAUUCCCUAUGCUAAGGUUCACUUCGUCGCCUAUGUACUGCAGUCACCAGUGGUGCCUAUCGUUGCUGCCGUGGCCUUGUACUACUAUACAUAUGGCUCUCUCGGGUCGGCCAAAUUAUGGCUUAUACUUAUAUACCUUCUGGUUGACCUCAGCAAGGGCCUCAUAGUGUCAUGGUCCUUGGCGAACAAAGACCCAGGGAAAACACCGAGCGAAAUAAGCAUACUUUUCGUGAAAGAUGUGGUAUCGUUGGCGAUGGGAUAUGCUGUUUCGAAGCUUAUGGGGAACGAUGGCAACAACAAAGUGAAUGUCCUAGGCUAUGACACCUUCAGGUUUCUACCAGUGGCGUUGUUGUUCAUGACGAGUCAAACUUGUGCGCUGAAGGCGCUUAGUUAUCUAGAUCCUGGCACGUUCAAGUUACUGUUGCAAGUCUGUCUUCCCACGAUAGCAUUCUUCUCAUGGUGUUUUCUCGGAAGAUUAUACACUAGGAGGCAGAUCCUCUGUGUUACUGGAGUUUUCAUAUUCUCAAUUCUCUUCUACGUUGCGAAGUCCCGACAGGAGACAGCGGACGUCGUGGCGACGUCUGCUGUGGGUCUUAUGUACACUAUAGUGUUUGUUUUGUCCUCAUGCUCCGGGAGUAUUUUGUCGGAGAAAUUAUUGAAGACCACGGGAGAUCCUCUGCCGAUUCAAGUGGUUCAUAUGAAGUCCUGUAGCGUUAUGAUCGGCUUUGUUGCUUUCACUACCCACUGGCUCAACCAGGGGCUCGAGGGUACAUCUUGGAACGCUCUCAUUCACUGGGACCAACCUUACAUAACGAAGCGCUUGUCGUCUACAACAAAGAACGUCACCCAGGCUGGAUCGACUGCACUCACUUACGCGCUCACUAUGGUUCUCGGGAAGAACGUUUUCAAAGUUCUCCUUAUCGGCCGCUAUGGCUUCGGCACGAUAAGAAUACGACCGAACCGACCGUUCUCUUAUCGUAGACUGUUAUCGAGCAGAACUCACACAUCUCGGAGAAAACAUAGUGCUGUAGAUAAGGCGAUACGUUGCCCUAAGAUGAAUACUAUUGUUUAUUGGACGCAGGAGUGA